AUCCAAAGCCAGUCAUGGGAAAUUCGUAAUGGCGGCUAUCUUGGAGUUGCUGUUUAACGGUAAACUCCUACCCGGCGAAUUAUCACGGUGGUUGGACGACCCGAAAUGUAUGCCAUCGUGUUCUGACUUCAGCCUCGUCCAAAUAAGCAAGCACGAGUUUCUGACAUUUUUUGUGAAUCAUGUCCGCGAACAAGCCUCUGUACAUCAGCAACAGUGCUCCGAUUCCUCGGAGCGUGGUGCCAAACAGCAGCGUAAAUGCAGAACGACGUCUGCCAGGACAACUCCACCUGGCAAGCCAAGAACCACUGAAAGCGCACACACGAAAUCUGACUCGUCUGACCGCACGAAGACGACGCCUGGGAGCAACAAGGGUUGUACACCACCUUCAGACAAGGCGAAACGCAACGACAAGAGAAUUUCACCGCAUUCUGGCAAUGCGAUACAGCAUGAGAACGCACGAAACGUGCAAGUGUUGCGUCAAAGCAAGAACCCGCCGAACAUAGGUGAUCCCAACGCGUUCCCGACGAUCGGUUUAUCGCAGGAAAAACAGAAACAUGUGCGCCGGAUAACUCCGACUCCCGUCAAACAUCAGCGGUGGAGAAAGCUUACCGUCAGCGAUUUUCUUCCCCCAGAAAUUCCGCACGAAAGUCCCAGGGCGAACGAGAGGGAUUUGCUGAAGAAUUCCUCGAAGCUUGCCCUUCUGAAGCCCGAAAUUUCUAUAUCCAGUUCAAAAGCCACACAAAGUGCUUCACAGAGAACACCCAUGAAAAAAAUGACUCUGAGGACAGUCUCAAAAGAAAAUCCAGCAAGUGACGCCAAAGCAAAGAAUGCAGCAUUUGAUGUAGACGAAGAGCCAGUUCAAAGUGGCACUGAUGUACUGGUUGUAAAUUAUAUCGUACCAUCCCCAGACAAAGUGACAUUUCAAAAUCGGCUCGACAUACUUAUUGAGCUCUACUCCGAUUUUGUGAAGUCUGCGCACGUGACAAAUAUUACGAUAGAGCUCUAUUUCCUUCUUCAGCUGCUGACAAUCCGAUCGCAAGAACCGCCGGAUCAGGGAGCAAAUUCAGAUCUGGACACUUUACUCGGAAAUCCACACAAUCGCGCUUACUUUGCAGUCGGAGUGCUACGGAUUAUAUCUCCGUGGCUCCGUUUCUUGGACAAGCCUACGCUUAAGCUCCUGAGUGAAAUCGACCACCUGGCAGCGUUUUCCAAACGCCUGCAGCUCAGCUUACACGAGCUGUGUCUGACGACCCAGCCGACCUCGAGGGUGCUUCCUUCGUCCAUCGAGGCCGUCCCGUUUCAGAUGUUGACCGACAACAAGGAGAAUUUUUCUUCGGAAAAGAACUUUUGGGCCUUCCGUAAACAGCGCGACAUGUUUUACGACCUGUUCAGGGACUGGCAGCAGCAGCAGUUUUACGAAACGGGUCACAACUCCGAGGUGCACUUUGCGCGGCGCGUUGAGCAAAUCCUCGACACGUGCAUCGACCCCUGCAAUUAUUCUCACUUUGCCAGGCUGCUGUUAACGCAGCUGGUUACGUCCUGCUGCGGAGGGCUCCAAGUCGAUGAACAGGGGAACUUCGGAGAACAGUUCUUGUCCGAGCUCAGGAACAAGUCCCCCGACAAGUUCAAGAAGCUGGAAGGACGUCUCGCGUUCAAGGUGGAAGGUCCGUGCCCGACUCCGGCGUUCACCGGAUGCCAAGAGUUCUUUUAUAACUUUAUCGCCGCAGCGUCGAAGGUGACGUUUCAUCAACACCUCAAAGACCAGUUCGUGGCGAGAAUAGUGGAACUGGAUGAAGAGGAGUUUGACGUCACCAUCGGUGCAGAAGGCAAAGAGGCAUUUUUCGUGAUGAUUCACGAGUUAAAACUUCUGGGAAAGUUCAUGGGACUCUUAGAGUUCUUGCCCCACCGUUCCGAAGAAAGGAUGUCGUCAAAGCACGUCGAACUACAGAGGAAGGUACGCAACCACGCGCCAUUACCGUUGAGCAUAGCUACCAUGCUGACGACUUCCGCGAAAAGACGACGACUCGUUUUCACGCUGUCCUGGGUCGUAGACUAUCUCAGCAUGAUGGACCAGGUCGCAAAAACGCUGGACAGCUACAAAGAAGUUCUGUCGCUGCUGUACUGCAUCUACACAAGUCCCGAGGUGCGGAAGGUGACGGGCACGUCCUUCUACGUCCGCGUCACUCUUGGGUGGCUCUUUGACAUCAUCAACGUUCAACCGUCGAUCUUCUCGUCUAGUUCCAGCUGCAUCGACGUUGGGCCAGACGUCGCGGAAGAGUUGAUAGACCAGCAGCUGAUCCACACUUCGUGCCCGUACCUCAGCGAAUUGCGCGGUCUCCUCGUACGGUACUCCGCCGGAAACAGGGCACGAGGCAGCGAAGUGAGAAAGAUCACCCCGAUUUCGGCGAGGGACGCUGAAUUUGGAGAUUGUACUCCGCGACGUCUGGAUCGGCAGCUGGAAGAGAACUUCUUCCAUGUUCAGCCCCAGUUUGUGAAGAAGACCGUGGAAUUUGUUUCGGAGAGGGUCGCCUCAAAUGCUGUGACGUUUAUCAAGAAGAAUGCUACUAAUAUGAUAAAGGAUUCCGCCGGUGAUAAUAAUAAGGAAGUGACGAGGACAUUUCUGGCGCAGGUCAGAGAAGGCAUGGAGGCAACUAUACACGACGUGUGCGCCGAACAAAUCAGCCAACUUCUCUCGUUGCUGUUGUCGCACGAUUCCGAAGCCGAAGUGGUCGAAAUCUGUCACCGGCUGGCGCUCCGUUCCGCGGUGGGACGUGUGUCCCAAUGGGUAUACGCCAACGUAUCGGAUUCUUUUAUACUACGCCACGCAUCGUCCCCUGUGCCGAACGAAAAGGAGAACGUCGGAGCAUCGUGCGACAGAAUAAUCGACGGCGUCGAACUAUCGAGGCGUCACUCGAAUGCACGGUCGAUUUAUGGCUGCCUGGAUAUGUUACGGACCAAGGUUGCCAACCUCUAUGCUGGAGAUUCCGCUGUUUCGGCAGAAGAGUCUCUCGCGGUGUUGCUGUCGUGCCACAACUCCCUUCAGUCCAGACGGGAAUGCGUCGCGUUGUCGCGGAACGCCGUAGAGCAGCUCACGUUAGACUUUGUUCUUGCCCUUAUAGUACGGUGUCCGCAGUCGUGUUCAGACGAGCUCUUCAACUUCGCGGCUGUCAUGUGGCGAGGUAGCGAGACUGUUGGCAGUUUACUGCAGGAUAUUAUCUGCGUUAGAAAUGUGCAGUUGCUGCGGAUGAGCAGAGACGCUGCAGCAAGCUGGUCGAAGCUGGGGGACCUCAUUUUGAAACUAGCUUCGGCAGGAGUAAUCGACGACCUCGAAUCUGUGUACGAGAGCGUCAGGGUCUUAGGUGGUACCAGUUUAAGCGAAAACGAGAUUCUUGAACGGCUUUGUCUGAAAGUCGGGUCAGUGCUAGUGUGAGAUGUGUGUGGGAUAAUCUAGAACACGAAAUUUUAUUGUGAAUAUGUCCGAUUCAAGAGGAAGGACAAGUCGACCGCAAUGUCGUAAUUGUGCUGGUAUUUUAACUUACGUCAUUGACUGCUGUCCUGUGUUCCCAUUGUGUGUACAUGUUAGAUGAGCGAGGUAAUAUAAUUUACGAAGUGAUUAAGAUGAAACAAGGACCACAAUG